AUGUGGGGAGAGCAAAUUGAGGUCUUCUGGUCACCACUGCUCGCUACAGAUACUCUCUGUGCGCAUGGUCAGUAGUUCGGUGUGAUUGAUCUCAGUUUGGUGUGUUUCUGAGCUCGUGGGGCUGAAUCAGCUGCACUUCACGCUUUGCUGGGUGUGCAGCGGGCGGAAGUUCGAGAGUAAUAUUACUGGAUACAAAUACGUAUUGAAAACUUUUUCUUCCAAGGAAAACAAAGAAUGUCGGCUAUUAAGACUAAAAAAGUAAAAAUGGCUACCAAAUCAUGCCCAGAGUGUGAUCAACAGAUCCCAGUAGCUUGUAAGUCGUGUCCAUGUGGCUAUGUGUUUAUUAGCCGAAAACUUCUAAAUGCCAGACUAUGCGAGAGAUCGUCAUCUGGAAUAGACAAACUGGAUUCUAAGCGGAGGAGGACAGAAAGGAUUCGGAGAGAGAAGAUCAACUCCACUUCCCCGAACGACAUGGAAAACAGGAGGCAGUCCCGCUCAAACAGUCAGUCAGAACAGAUCCGCAGGGGAAGGGGCCGGCCGAAGACCACAACUCUCAAAAAGCAGGAGGAGGAGAAAGAGAAGCAAGACAAAGAGGUUGACAUUUAUGCCAACCUGUCGGACGAAAAGGCCUUUGUAUUCUCCGUGGCUUUGGCUGAGAUCAACAGAAAGAUCCUGGGUCAGAGGCUGAUUUUGUGAGCGCACUGCGAGGUGGGGAAAUCAGGAGCAGCUCUGCAGAGUCACGGACGACGGCAGUAGACCUGACAGACCGGACCCUAAAAGCGCUUCAGACCCACUGAAGGACACUCUCCCAGGGUCUGCCUCAGGUCACUCCGGUGGUUCUAUCAAUACAUGUUGUACAUGUCUAAUCUUGAACCAAGCCGCUAUCUUAAAGAACUUUCCAGAAUAAUGUCAUUGGAAAAUGUCAGAAACCUAAAUAUGUAUGUAUUUUCCUAUUGUAUAUAUCAUGAAUCAUCAUGCCAAAAAAACUAAAAGCUGUCAAAUGGAACAAAACUAUUUUUAAAAGUGUUCUGUUAUUUCACUGCACACAGUGUCAUUGGUCGGAGAUAUUAGUCUCAUUAGAUAUAAUUAUUGGUCAAACAUCUAAAGUUUACUCAUCUGCAAUAUUGUUUUCAUGUCUUUAAUGUAGAUGAAAUAUAAGCAAUGGUGUUUGAUGAAUGACUUGGAAUCCUAUUUAAAUGUUAGGGACUGUUUCUUGUCGGUUAAUAUUUAUUAUGCCUGUACAUUCUUAAUUUAAUUACAUAUUUUAUUCUGUUUUAACAAAUGGCUAAUGUAUACAUUUAAUUUUAUAAAAUAUUUUUCUCUGUACUUCAAUAAACUGAACUUGAAAGGAAAA